UCCUCCAUCAAAUUUCCCUGCAGCAUGGUGUGCAAAUUACUCAAUUCUUUAAUUCUUUCUCUUCUCCGACAACGCCACCACCUCCGCCACCCUCCUUAAAACCUUUAAAAAAAAACCAAAAAUUAUCCUCGUACAGUACAUCGUACUUAAUAUAUUCAAUUAACAACAAUGCUUGUCUCUGUGUUUCUCGCUCUGUUUCUUCCCUGUGUUGGAAUGAGCGCCGUUUUCUUAGUCUACAUCUGUUUGCUGUGGUACGCCGCCAGCUACCAAUCCGCCGGCGCUGGUACCGGAAAUUACACAACUGACCCUGUGAAGCCAAAUCAAGAAAAAGGUCUGUCCGCUGCUCAAUUAGAUAAACUACCAAAAAUCACAGGGAAAGAAUUAGUAAUGAGCAAUGAUUGUGCGGUGUGUUUGGAUGAAAUAGAGAGCGAGCAAUAUGCUAGGGUUGUUCCAGGUUGUAACCAUGGAUUUCAUUUAGAAUGUGCUGAUACUUGGCUUUCAAAAAAUCCAGUUUGUCCUGUUUGUAGAACAAAGCUUGAACCUGACUUCUUUAAUCCUCCUGAAAACAACCCUUGUUAAACAAAUUUAAGCAAUUUCUGCUGUAAAAUCUCUUUAUUUUUCUUGUCUUAAUAGGAGUAGUAUUUAUUUCAUAUAGAAUUAGGUUAUGGAUGUUUUUUCGUUCUUUUUUUUCUUCUUUAAAUCUGAAUCUUGGGUGGUGGGUGUUGUUAUCAGAAGAGCUUAAUUCAAUCAAGUACAGUUUCUUAUUUUGCCUUA